AAAGAGAGAGAAAAAAAAGUAGGGAGACACUGUAAAAGUGACACAAGUUGAAAGAGAACUUCAUUCAUUAGCAAGUCAGCUAUGAUAUUACCUUCAAAAUUGAAAGUCUUACGUCUGAUAAAUCCGAGCAAUAAAUAUAUAGGUUCAAUUGUGAAUGAAAAAAUGACGAGUAUUCACUCGAGCGAGAAUGCAGAAAUUCAUGAGAUGCCAAUGAAUGUAUUGAUUAGACCAUUUCCACCGGAAGUUAAUGAGGAAAAGGUGAAGAGUUUGAUGAAAACUUUACAGGAUCCUGAGACUGAAUCGUUGGUACCUCCUGUUGAUGUUCUCUGGAUUACAGGAAGAGAAGGCGGCGAUUAUUAUUAUUCAUUUGGAGGUUGCCAUCGUUAUACAGCUCAUCAAAAACUUGGCAAACCAACAAUACGAGCAAAACUAAUAAAAUCGACAGUUACAGAUUUACGAAGUUAUCUUGGUAAUUCAACACCCGAUCUCAAAUAAAAUUCUAAUCUUUUUGAAAAUCGUAUUUACGCAAUUACAAAUAAAAAUUAUUCAUGUAACUUUUGUAUAUUCCUGUUGGAAAAAAACAAUAUUAGUACAGAAUUAAAAAAAAACUAUUUAUUAAAAAAAACUUAACUUCA